GUCCCACUGGGUCAUUUGCAAGAGAGGAUGUUCAUUUUCAGCCAGACUGUUACUGAACCUUGUAAGGAUUUGUUGCUGCAGUGUUUCACAACACCCUGGGCCCAAGCCAGCAGGAUAGUUGCCUUCUAGGGCUCCAACCACCAAUUCGAUUGAUGUGGGUGUGGGUCAUGACGCCUUCGUAGCCCAUGAAUGCUCAAUGAUUUUUACUCCGCCUACGUUUAACCGUGAACUCACUGCCAUUCCAUGCUCUUCAGCAAACACUUGCAAGAACGGGCUGCCAAAAAGCUGCUUGCCGGAAAGCGUUGCCGUGCAUUGUUAGUGUGGACCUUAACGUUGAUGAUGGCUCUCUCGGCAUCCACAAUCCCACUUCUUGGGGCCCUUACUUCACCCUUGGUCUUUGGAUGUGGCGUGUUCUUGCUCUACGCACCAGCGGCUUUUCGUGCCAGAAGCCUUUUGAAGCCCAUUUUGUACCCAGCAACUGUCAUUCUUCCAGCUGGUGAGUCGUUAUUCCGACUUGAUCCUAAGUCUCGACCUGCCAAAUGCUUCUACAUGUUCACCUUGGUAGUACGAUUCACAGCUGUCGCCGGUCUUUGGCAGGUGUACCACUUGAUAUUUUCCUGGCAAGCAGAUUUGCCUGUGGUCAAGAAUGUUUUCUCAAUGUCACAUCAGUGGGGUGAUCUUGACAUUUGUUGCCAUGAAUACUACCUGCAGGAAAAUGGCCCAACUUACUUUGAGGACUGUUCUUCCAACGAAUCUUACGCAAACUGCACUUUCCAUUGUUAUGACCCUCCCCAGCUACCAGAUGGCUGGAUGCUGGAACCAGAUGGCUGUCUACUACGAUUUGCUUCUGAAGAGGCCUGCAUUCAAAAAGCACCAAUGCCCUCGCCUUCCUUGGACACUCAUAUUUGCUGGGAAAAUUCAACCAUGCCUGAUUGGAAAGACGUUUGCAGCAGAUUGAUUCAAGUGCCGCAAUACUUGGAAUGUAGCCUGUGCGGCCUGUCGGGAAGGCAUGCUGAAUUUGCGUUGACAUAUUACUUGUUGUGCCAAGAGAAAGUUCAAUGGAUCAUUGGAAACAUGUGUCCUUUGAUUGUCUAUGGGACAAAGAUGUUUUUAAUACAUGGUAGCGUGCUAUUUGUUCAACCCUACACAUUUGGAAUUCUGUGUGCAAUAUUGACAUCUCCAUUCUUUGCAACCAUUCUUCUGGUCCUGAUCUCUUGCUGCUUCCCAGCAGUCCCCUGCGAUGUAGAGUUUCGCUUGGCAGUGGAUGCAGAAGCUCGACGCAUGCAAGAAGAACUCAAUGAAGCAGGGACAGCACCUCUCAGCAUGCUGGGCCGUGGACUUCUUCGGCUGGACCUCAUGUUGAUGUUCGUGGACUUUGCAGGUGACAUAUUUAGCGUCUUCUCCUUUGUAGCAAAAGGCCAUGUAUGGUUUGGAAUAUUCCUGGGACUGAUUGUCCUUCGGAGCGUUGUUGAUAUAGUCAAGCUGCAGCGACAGACAGGUUUGCUGAAAGAAGUUCAGAUGUCUUUGCGAGCGAAUACGCUCACAAACCGUGUGACGUUCUGCGAGCAGAGAAGGCGGUGGAGGGCACACUCACCAGCCUCCUGCUAGUCUAUGGCAUGCUUCACAACUUCGACUCUCCCCUGCUUUUUGCAAUGACACUAGCGAAGUAUGCCCUGUCAGUAUUUUCCGUCACGCAGGGAUGUUUCGUUCUUUUUCACCUGGCGCCAGGUGAGAGUGAGAGAGCAAGUUUGGUUUCUGCGGUGCCUCUUGGCAGACGUGCAAUGGAUUCAGAAUAAGCAGCUCACGCAACUGUGGAUGCUGACCGG